GCCGGCCGUGUGCGCCUUUUCAUUAGUCGUGGCACUCUGGCGGUCAAUCGUGUACCUACAGCAGUAGGCAAGCUGUUUAUCCUCACCUUCUGCUUUUUUUCUGUUAAAUUUGUAAACUUCCUAAAAAUACAAAAAUAUGGCUGUUGUAUUAGACGAAUUCAAUUUCGAAACUCUUGCUAUAGCGCAAGAUCUUUUAAAUGCUGGCGAAGAAUGUACUUUGAGAGGUCUCAACUAUACUGCCAAAUGGCUUGCUGAAUUGGAUUUCGCCGUAUCACAAAAACUGAAUCCAGAUGUUGCUGACAGUCUUGAAUACCAACAGCCCAAAAGAAAAGGAAGGGCUCGAUAUAUUUUGGCAAAAAAGUAUUUUGAUGUUAAAGAAUACAGCAGAUGUGCACAUUACACACAAGAAUGCACUGACUCUGUUAGCGUGUUCUUGCAUUACUAUUCUAGAUACAUGGCUGGUGAGAAGACCAUUGUUGAGGAUGAAAGUGACAAAUCAAGUGAAACAAGAUUAGCUCAUUUGAAACUACUGCAUCAUGAUUUAGGAAGGUUAAGGAAUACUCCUAAGUGGGAUGGUUAUCUCUGCUAUUUGUAUGGUUUAGUAUUGAGAAAAAUGGACCUUCCUCAUUCACUUCAAGUUCUUCAAGACUCUGUCAAUCUGAAUCCACUUAACUGGGCUGCCUGGCUUGAACUUGCAAAUUUGAUUAAAAACAGUGAAAUGCUCAGUCAACUGAAAUUACCUGAUUGCUGGAUGAAGUUUCUUUUUAUGGGGCACAUUUUAGGUGAGCUUCAUUUAGAUGAAGCAGCACUUAACUUGUAUGAAAAACUUCACCAAGGAGUGUUUGAACAUAGUCUAUACAUCAAGAGUCAAAUUGCAAAAAUUUACUACAGUUUAAGAGAUGGAAUUCAAGCUGCUACAAAAUUCAGUGAAAUUCGCGAGGAAGACCCUUAUUGCCUUGACGCCAUGGAUGUUUACUCUAACGUUCUUUACGUUCAAAUUAACCAGCCUGAAUUGGCGCAACUAGCCCAUCAGGCCUUUGCAGUAGACAAAUAUCGAGUAGAGACUUGUUGCAUCGUUGGAAAUUAUUACGGUUUACGGGGUCAGCACGAGAAGGCUGUUCUCUACCUUCAAAGAGCUUUAAGACUUAAUCCUCAUUAUUCCUACGCUUGGACUAUCAUGGGCCACGAAAACAUUGAAAUGAAGAACUCUAACGCUGCUAUUGCUUGCUACAGAAAAGCUACUGAGAUGAACAUGCGUGAUUUCAGAGCCUGGUAUGGACUGGGCCAAGCCUAUGAAAUCUUAAAAAUGCCUCUGUACAGCCUUUAUUAUUACCGAAUGGCACAGUCGCUGAAGCCUGAUGAUUCUCGUAUGCUGGUGGCUUUGGGUGAUGCCUACGACAAACUAGAAAGAUUGCAUGACGCCAAAAAAUGCUACUGGAAAGCCCACUGUGUAGGCGACUUGGAAUGCAUUGCUCUAUUGCGACUUGCCAAGACUUAUGAUAAGCUGAAGGAGACUGAUCACGCAGCAGCGGCUUACUGCGAUUAUUUGCGCGAUAGCGAAAAACAGGGAUCUGGAGAAGGGGACGAGCAUCACGGCCAAGCCUACCUCUAUCUAGCUAGUUACUACCUGUCCAAAGGGCCUCAGUUCCUUGACCUAGCCCGCGAAUACGCCCAGAAAUGCGUAGAGUAUCCAACGACGCUUGCUGACGGUAAAGCCUUGUUACGCGAAGUUGUGCAGCGAUGUCAGGAAGAAAACUCUCGAGUGGGACCAUCGUCUACUGUGGACAUCAAGAAAACAAGUUCGUUCCAAAUAACUAGUGUGAGAGUCUCAUCCAGCAUCAGUAAUGAUGGGGAGGAUGACUCCUGUGGUGAGGUGGAUGACACACAGACUGAACCGUCUGAAGUGGGAAGCCACAACCAAAUUGAUGUGGAAGAGGAUAUAGAAACUGGUGGGGAUAAUGGUCCAUCAGUGAUGUAUAACGUGCCAGUAUCACUAGCUCAACAACAAGUCAAUGAUGGAGGUGCCCUCAAGUUAGAGGACAAGGAUCAUGGUUUGCAACGAAGAUUUAGGGUUGUCAAGAUUGAAAGUGCUGAGCCCUUUAAACGUGGAAGAUGGCUCUGCAUGGACUUCCUGGAUCAACCUUCCAUCCAGCCCAUCUUAACCAAGGAUGAACCUGGUUCAGGAACAUCAAGUUCAGGCAGUUUGUCAGAUCACAUAUCUGGUGAAGAUGUGCAACAUCAUGCAGCAUUCUUGCACCAGCCCCACCAAACUAUCCAGAGCCUCGGCAGUGGAGCAGUCUUGAAUCCUUGCAGUCAGCAGGCCAGCAGUAGUAUUCAUGUAGUACCACAUUCCUUGCCCGCCAGUGCGGCUUCCGUCAAUUACUCCCCAGCCCAGCAGCAGCAGAUGCUUCAGCAGUCCAUGUAUCAGACACAAUCUUCUGUUCCAUUAGUCUACCCACCAGUAGCUUCCGUAACAUCUUUGCUGCAGCCAACAGCAGCUACCAUAACCACAUCCAAUGCCACAAGUCUCGCCAUCCCACUAAUAUCUUCGCAAUCUACGUCCUCGGUAACUGCUGGUAGUGCCACGUUGCCCGGCCUAUCUUCCAAUGUUGCGCAGCCAUUUCUUCAGCAACCCGUCCCGCCAGGCCUUUUGCAACAACAGCAACCAAUGGCUGGCCAAUCUGCUUACACAGCUUCAGCCGUUGCCCCACAGCAGCAACAACAACAGCAACAACAAUAUGUCACUUCGGCGUCUGGCAUCCAACCAGGAAUGACAGCGCAGCAUUUGCCAUCUCAGCAGCCUGCCCAACCAGUUGUCGCACAGAUUCCAGUAAUGGCCCAACAAAACUUGAUUCCCGUGCAAGCUAGCAGUAGCAGUACCAUUGGAGCUCCGGCGCCACACCCUUUGGCGCCGACCUUAAUCCAGCCAUCGACUAGUAUUCCGACGCAAUCGAAUUCGAUGCAUCCGGUCGUGCUAUUGCCUCCAUCGGCUCCAUUGCAGCAACAAUCGCAGCCGACACCGGUGGUACCAAUUCACGGUCCUCCACCCGGACUCAUUCCUCAGCACCCACAUCCGCCGAUAGGGCUCCAACCGCAGCAGCAACAACAACAGCAGCAGCCUCAACAGCAGCAGCAACCUGGUAAUCAGGGUCAACCCACGUUUGCAGAGGUGGUCGCCUCUGCUCCAGUGCAAUCCCUACCCAGCACGCAACAUCUCCAACAGCAUGCUCCUCAGCCGACGACGUCCGUGCCCGUUCAGCCGAUUGGAGUUGUUCCAACUUCCAACAUGCAGCCACCUGAAGUGGUUAUGCAACAACAAUCUGUCCAGCAAAUGCAACCAAUGCAACAAACACAUCUUCAACAAACUGGUUCUGUACUUAUGCAACCUCAACAACAACCGCAUCCGCAGCAACAACAGCAGCAGCAGCAGCAACAACAACAGCAGCAACAGCAGCAACAACAGCAGCAGCAGCAGCAGCAGCAACAACAGCAACAACAACAGCAGCAGCAGCAGCAGCCAACAUUAGUCCAACAAACGGCGACUCCACAUGCCAUUUAUGGCAACAGCAACAAUCCAACGAUUCCGACGGCAGUAAUGUCCGUCGCUUCCAGCAUCCAGCCGCAAGUCCAGCUGAUCAUGGCUGCUCCGUCGACCCUGACAACUCCCAUCGUAAGCAGCAGCGUAGGCGGAGAGGCGGCCGGGACCAUGUCAGCUGCACCCCAUGCCGCUGGAGUGCUCAACAAAUCGCAGAGCUUGGCAGACGAUGGGCACACCGGCGGUUCAACCGACGAUCAUACCAGCGCUUCGGGUAGCAGCACGGUUGCCAUUGACAACAAGAUCGAGCAGGCCAUGGAUCUGGUCAAGAGUCACCUGAUGUUUGCCGUCCGCGAGGAGGUGGAAGUCCUUAAGGAACGAAUCGACGUUCUAAUGGAGCGAAUCGCUUUCCUUGAAUCUGAGAAUCAAAUUCUCAGAGCUGCCGCCACUCAGGAGACCUUGGCGCAGAUCGCCCAGUUGGAGGCCACAUUCCCGGUUAGCGGGAAUGACACCAUCGGCGGAGGGGGUUCGGUCUCGGUCGUUGGCGUUGCCUCGUCGAUCGGAGCCAUCGUCAACAACACCAUCACGUCGACAACGACCACUCCAUCGACGACCACAUCUUGCACCUCUUCUCAACUACCGAGUGGAACAUCACCUGCUCCUUAGCACUCGCCCCCCGGUGCUCCUCUUCCCCCCCACCUUUACACAAUAUCUUUCUUUCCCAUUCGCUUCUUCUAUUUUCCCCCCUCUUACUUCCUUUCCCUUUAUGACUCCACACCAUAUAUAUAAUUGAAUUAUUUUUCUUUUCUCUAUUUGAUUUUUCCAAAUUGUUUUCCUCGUCAUUUUGAUGUCACUUUUUCGGGUCGACGAUCACUCCCGACAGAUCGGGAUUUCAUGGGUGAAAGGGUAAAAAAAAAAAGACAAACAUUCAAAGACAAAGGAGUAAACGGCCGGAUGGGGUAUCCGAAAAUGUUGUCUUUUUUUCUGACACCAAAUCUGUAAAAAAUGUUAAAAACACAAAAAUAGGGAAGACAUGUAUUCAUUUUGUAUAGACCAGAAAUGAGAGAGAGAGAGAGAAAAGGAGAGGGAGACGAAGAAUGAGAGAAAAAAAAUAAUUACCUUUUGUUGUGCAAAAGAGUAAAACAAAAAAGUUGGUGCGGGAGUGACGUGUCUCAGCUUAUUUUUGUCAUGUAAAAGGCGCGUAAAAGAAAAAAAAGCUCACUUUCAUAGGAAAACUAGUCUACCUAUCAUUUCUCCUCCCCAUUUAUUCUAUUUCCUCCCAGUUUCUAGUAUUUUUUUUUUUUUUUUACUUCCCUCCUUUUUAUUGAUUAUUAUUGAUUAUUAUUUACAAAAUGUUUUAUAAGUAAAAGAAAAAAAAAUAAGAGCAUGUCUCUCCUUUCUUCGUCUAAACUCCUUUUUUUACACGAAAGAGAGAAAGAGAGAGAGGAGCGGGUUGUUCCGGGGUGCUAUGAUGAUAAUCUCUUGUGUCCCCCCCCCCCCUCACCCCACAUCUUCCUUUUCACUUUUUUGUGCAUCUUUUCACCUGUGAUGAUGAUGAUACGACAGCGAGAGAAGCCAACACGGAAUUUGAAGUGGAUCGAACAUGUCGACCAUAAUGUUAUAUGUAAAUAUCACGUAUGUGACCACACACCACCACCACUUUACUCCUCUUCCCCCCACUACUCUAUUACAACUACCACAUUAAAGAUAAAAUGAGGAAUUUUGAAAAAAAAAAGCUAAAAAAGUAUGUCUCGCCUUUUCAUCGGGGCGAAUCAUGUCUCUUGUGUUUGUUUGUUUAUUUGUUUAAUUUUUUUUUCUUUUCAUUCUUCUUCUUUUGGUCUUGUUGUUCACCGGUCGACAGCCUUAAUAACGAAGCCACGGGAAAAAAAUACAGACUUGUCAAAGUUGA